GAGCGCUUCUCUGGCGCUGAUCCUCAAGCGCUAGUGAACAACAUCCGUCUAGCGCUCGUGCAUGCGGAUAUAGGCGCGCAUGCCGGUCUUGCUGAAAAGCAUGAGGAUGCUUCUCAAGAGCAGAAGGCGGAGUUCGCCAAGUUUGGCGGUAUGGGGAGGAAGGGCAGGGACAAGGCAGAGGAGGAUGAAGAGUCGGGCAGAGGAGAUGGAGGGCCGUCGCCGCGUCGCGGCCGUUCUAUGACCUCAUGUUGA